CAAGUUCUAAUUCAGUUCAUUCAACAACACUCGGUCGAGGAGGUAUGGAAGCUCUUCUGAAAUCGCAGCCAAGAAUCAUCAAUUCAUCUUCAUUCUUCAUUACAAAAGAUGAAAAUCUACCGAACAGGAAUAUCAGAUCCUCUGUUCGUUUCACUACACUUGAUAACUAUCGUACUACUUUCCGGCGGAGAUGUCAGUUAACCUUGAGAGCUGCUCUAGAUUCGUCUAUAAUCGAUCGACUUGGAAUUUCAGAAGCUGUUUAUCUAAAUCCGGAAUUAUCAUCUGCGUAUAGAUGCAAUGAAUAUCCUAAGCCUAACCAGACGGUGUUAGAAGCUCAAGCCAAAGUAUGCACUGGACCUACGCAGACGAAACCGCUCACAGAAGAACAGGCUUUCAAAGUUUUUGAAACUAUUUUGAGAUCAGCUAAAGGAGAGCUACAAGCUGAGGAACAAGUUUCUAAAGCACAACUUGGGGGCUUUUUUGCUGCUAUGACAAUCCGUGCUAAUGUCUUCCCAGAAGCGACACAAUGGAGUGAAGGGGAGAGGCGUGCAAUGCAGACCUAUUGGCCACAGCUAGUAAAAGUAUUGUCCCCUGAUAUAAUCUUCAUAGCUGAUCCCGAAGGCUCAAUAAUGGGAGCUGGAAACUCAAUUGGACCACAAUAUGUUGGCAAUUGUUAUAAUGAAAUGAGGCUGGUAGGUGCCUUGAGGGAAAUAUUGGCAGGGGGUCAUAUUGGAUAUGAAGAAGUUCAGGGUGUUCUUAAAGAUGUUCUUCCUCUCAAAUCAGAUGAUAAAACAUCUGCAAGUGAGUCAUUGCUUUCGGCAUUUUUAAUUGGUCAACGCAUGAACAGGGAAACAAAUCGGGAACUAAAAGCAUACUGCCUUGCAUUUGAUGGUGAAUCUGGCCCUCCCCCAGUUGCCGAUGUAAGAUCAUUGACGCACUAUGGUGAACCGUAUGAUGGGAAUACACGGUACUUCAGAAGCACAUUAUUUGUUGCUGCAGUACGCGCUUGCUAUGGUGAAUCCUGUUUACUUCAUGGUGUUGAAUGGUUGCCACCAAAGGGUGGUGUAACUGAAGAACAAAUGCUAAAGUUCAUGGGAGCAAAUACACGAUUAUCCACAUUGCAAGCAAAGGAACUUCUCGAGGAUGACAAAGUUGGUUUUGCUUUUAUCAGUCAACGGGAAGCUUCUCCACAGCUAUAUUCAUUGAUUGGAUUAAGGGAACAUAUAAAAAAACGUCCACCAUUAGCAACAACAGAAAAGGUUCAGCAGUAUGUUAGAGCAAGUGGGAAGGAAGCGAUUGUUGCUGGUUUUUAUCAUGAAGGCUAUGAGGAAUCCCUUUUGAUGCUUAUGAGAAGAAGAGGUGUUCAUUCUGGUUUGGUGGUGAAGGGUGAGGAAGGGGCACUUUCAUUGACAACAAGAGUUCGUUCAGCAAGUGCAUCAAAAGGACUGCCUGUCAAUUAUUGCUCAGGAUUCCGCUCACGCAAUGUGAUUCCUGCCUAUGAAGUUGACGGUGUGUCACGGGAAAAUUUCAAGUUAGAAAUAAAUGCCAAAGACUAUGGUUUUGAACCCACUGAGACUCCAAGAACAGACCGAUCUGUUUCAAGAAAUAUAGAGCUGGGAUUAGAAGCAUUAAGUGGAGAGAAAGGGGCAGCCUAUGAUAGAAUAGUGUUAAACGCAGCAGUAGCGGAUCAUCUGUUGGGUUGUGAUGGUGCAGAACAAAUAACUGUGGCAUUGGAGAGAGCGAGAGAAGCUAUCGACAGUGGGGAGGCUUUAUCUAGAUUACUAAACUACAUCAAGGCCUCGCACAAAGCUAAAUAAAAAAAAAGUUGAAAUUUAUAUGGAAAGGGUGAGCUCGAUCUAUCAAUAAUACUACUCACUUCUGUAUAUCAAAAUUUAUAUGGUUGUUCAGAUGUUUUUAACUGUUUGUUUUCGACAGUGUGGACUCAAAACACGGGGGAUCCUUUUGAUGUCACUUAUGUGAACUAGUUUACUCCAACAAGAAGUAAGUUGUGCUUUCCUUUUCCUUUUGGAUUCUAGAUUUUUUUUGUGAACUUCCUCUUGUACUUUAAAGCAGUACAUUAGUUAUGUUGAUGUUGUUUUUUUCUGGCUAAGUGUCGUAAUAAAAUAGAAUGAACUUUUAAAAU